CAAAAUUACAUUUGGACAAAAAUUCCUGAGCAGAUUCAAGUCCAGUCCGAUUAGUUGCGCUGUAUGCGCUGCGAACAUUUCGGUACAUCGUAAACAGGUUACGUCAGGUGACAGCAGGAUUUCUACAUGAGGAGAAGUUGACAACAGUUGACAAGUGGAUGUGAGCCGCAAACAAGUGUGCAAUAAACAUGAAUAGAACACAGGAAAAAACUGCUCCAGAAGAUGAAAUUAAUCUCUUUAAUCCCGCUAUAUUGGAUAGAUUACCGAUAUCACACGUCGCCGGAUUACUCAUCAGACCGCUGAGAAGUACAGAUUAUGAAAAAGGUUUUAUAGUUCUUUUGACUCAAUUGACAGAUGUUGGAAAUGUUACUAAAGAACAAUUCUUAAAUAGAUUUUACAGCAUGAAGACAGCUGGUGGUUAUUAUGUUGUUGUUAUUGAGGAUAUCAAUUCUGGAAAAAUAAUUGCCUGUGCAACAUUAGUUGUAGAGCAGAAGUUUAUUCACAACUGCAGUGUGCGGGGCCGCUUGGAAGAUGUAGUGGUCAACAACAAUUACAGAGGUAAAUCACUGGGAAAAUUAGUGGUGACAAUUGUAGUGCAAUUAGCACGCUCUUUUCACUGUUAUAAAUUAUCCUUGGAUUGUGUAGAUCGUCUAGUGCCAUUCUAUGAGAAUAUAGGUUUUAAGCGGGAAACUAACAACGCGAAUUACCUUAAUAUGCGUUUUCACAGUGAAAAUGCUACGGAACAGUCCCAUUUGUAAUAGUGGGCAAAAUUAUUUUACUGUGGCCUCACUUAAUAGUAACGACCAAGCAUGAACUUCUCUUUAAAUUCAUGGUGCAACAUGAUUAGAAAACGAAAACAAGAAGCUAC